ACAACAGAGUGAAAGACAACAAUCUACUUACACUAAAAAGGCAGUUUGAAAUGUUAACCAUGAAAGAGACAGAGACAGUGCAUCAGUACUCAACCAAGUUGAUAAACAUCGUCAACCAAAUCAGACUUCAAGGUGAAGAUUUUCCAGAUAAAAGAGUUAUUGACAAGAUAAUGGUUAGUGUACUAGACAAGUUUGAAUCAAAGAUCUCAGCAAUAGAAGAGUCUAAUGACUUGAAUCAACUUAUCAUUAAUGAGUUCAUUAGCAAGCUAAAAGCUCAUGAGAAAAGGCUGUCUAUUAAAGGUGUCGAAGUUCCUGAAAAAGCCCUUCAAGCAAAGGAAAAAAGGAAGCAAGCAAUAGAGACACCAGACUUUUCAAAAUAUGAAAAGGAAAAGAUGUUAGAUAACUCAGCGCCUACUGGGUUCCUUCGAACCGAGGCGUCCUGGUUCCACGCCUGGGUUCCAAGGAACCCAGGGCUUGGGUCUCGAUGGAACCCAGGCUCUGGGUUUCUGAACCCAAGCGUCCUGGGUUCAGGACGCUUGGGUUCCAUCGAGACCCAGGCCCUGGGUUCGAUCGAACCCAGGCUCUGGGUUUCCCAGGCGUCUUGGGUUCGUUCGAAACCCAGGGUGCCUGGGUUCGUAAACAAACCCAGGGUGCCUGGGUUCGUUCGAAACCCAGAGCCUGGGUUCGAUCGAACCCAGGACGCUUGGGAAACCCAGGCUCUGGGUUCGUUCAGAACCCAGGCUGCCUGGGUUCGUUCGAAACCCAGAGCCUGGGUUCGUUCAGAACCCAGGCUACCUGGUAACAAAGCUCAAGUGUUCUCAGUGUUUAAGAAGUUCAAGGCCUUGGUUGAAAACCAAAGUGGAUGCAGAAUUAAAAAGCUCAUAUCAGACAAUGGUAAAGAAUAUACCUCUGCUGAGUUCAAUAAUUUUUGUGAAGAGGCCGGCAUCCAACACCAACUUAUAGUCAGCUAUACUCUAGAGCAAAAUGGAGUUUUUGAGAGAAAGAACAGGACAGUUAUGGAAAUGGCUAGGUGCAUGAUGUUAAAGAAUAAGCUACCUCAGUCUUUUUGGGUUGAAGCUGUGUAUAUAGCAGUAUAUCUACUGAAUGGUGUUUCCACUAAAGCUAUCAAAGAUAAAACGCCAAUUGAAGCUUGAACAAAAUUGAAUCCCAAUGGGUCUGUUCAUAAAUACAAGGCCAAGUUGGUGGUCAAAGGUUAUGCUCAAGAGCCAGGAGUUGAUUAUGGUGAGACUUUUGCACUAGUAGCCAUGCAUGAUACAAUUAAACUCCUUGUUGCUCUAGCUACAAAUUUGGGCUGGAAAAUCUAUCAUAUGGAUGUUAAAUCAGCCUUCUUGAAUGGAAUCCUAGAGGAAGAAAUUUAUGUUGAACAACCUCAAGGUGGUAAUGAGCACCUCUUGAAUAAUUUUAAGGUUGAAAUGAUGAAGGAGUUUGAUAUGCCAAAUUUGGGUGAGAUGAAAUAUUUCCUUGGAAUGGAAAUUCAGCAGUGCAAAAAGGGCAUCUUUUUGUCACAAAGAAAAUAUGCACUUGAUGUAUUGAAGAAAUUUGGAAUGGAAGAUUGCAAGACAGUGGCAACUCCCUUGGUUCUCAAUGAAAAAUAUAUGACUGAUGAUGGAAAAGAGAAGGCAAAUUCUUCUCAGUACAGGAGCUUAAUUGGCAGUCUACUAUAUUUAACAGCUUCAAGGCUAGAUUUAAUGUAUUCAAUGAGUCUUCUUUCUAGAUUCAUGUCCUCACCCAGUCAUACUCAUUUUUCAACAGCAAAACGAGUUCUCAAGUACCUAAAAGGAACUUUUGAUUAUGGUAUAUGGUAUGAAAUGGGUUGCAAAGGAAAACUUGAAGGUUAUGUUGACAGUGAUUAGGCUGGAUGUGAAGAUGAUAUGAAGAGCACAACUGGUUAUGUCUUUUCUUUUGAUUCUGGAGCAUUUUCUUGGAUUUCAAAGAAGCAAGAUGUGGCAGAACAAUCCACCACUGAAGUAGAAUAUGCUGCAGCAUCUGCAGCUGCAAAUCAAGCUGUAUGGUUGAGGAAAAUGCUGGUUGAUUUGGGUUUUAAUCAACACGAAGUGUGUGU